AUGGCAAAGCAUCCAAGAAUGAUCCAGUACCUCGACAAAGUCCAAGGACUUCUGAAAGAAUUUCCUACUUUCACCAUCCAACAAGUUCCACGGGCAGAGAACACCCAUGCAGAUGCGUUGGCAAGACUAGGAUCAGCACUGGACACCCAGUUCAGACGCUCCAUCCCAGUCGAACACCUUGACCGACCGAGCAUAGAAGAAAUAGAGCCAAUCGACUCAAUGCAGAUCGAUGAAGACCCCAGCUGGCAAGACCCCAUCAUCGACUAUUUAGUGAAUGGAAAUAUGCCAACGGAUAAGUCCGAAGCUAGGAAGGUCCAACAGAAAGCCGCGAGAUAUUACAUGCAAGGCGACAAGCUCAUUCGCAGAUCAUACUCCGGCCCUCAUCUCACUUGCAUAAAGUACCCUCAAACACUUGAGGUCCUCUGUAAAAUUCAUGACGGCGAGUGUGGCAACCACUCUGGGGGCAGGUCACUUGCCCAGAAGGCUCUAAACGUAGACUAUUUCUGGCCUACUAUGCGCCAUGACUCCACUGAAUAUGUCAAAAGAUGUGAUCGCUGCCAACGGUACAAACCAGUUCCUAAUCUGCCUGUCGAAAUCUACCAUCCGCAGAACAAAUCACUAGUUACUGACAAUGGCUCACAAUUCAUCGGCAAGAAGAUCACUGCCUUCUUCAAAAAGUAUGGCAUCAAGCAGCAUCUAUCUACCCCAAGAUAUCCUCAAGGCAACGGCCAGGCCGAGGCAUCCAAUAAAAUAAUAUUGGACUGUCUAAAGAAGAGAUUAGAAGGCGCCGAAGGAAAAUGGGUAGAUGAGCUCCCUGGCGUACUAUGGGCUUAUCGCACCACCAUGCGGAGAUCAACUGGCGAAACCCCGUUUUCCCUCGCCUAUGGAAUUGAAGCGAUCAUUCCUCCUCACAUCACUGUCCCCUCUAUAGGCAUCGAAGUGGGCAGCAUUGAGCAGAACUCCGAGCAGAUGAGACUCAACCUUGACUUACUUGAAGGCGAGCGCAAGAAAGCCAUUGUCCGAGUCGCCUCCUAUCAACAGCGGUUGAAGUCUUACUAUGACAAAAGAGCCAAGAUCAGACAAUUUCAACCAAGCGACCUUGUGCUAAGAAAGGCCUUCAUCACUGCACAAAGACAAGGGUUUAAAAAGAUGAAACCCAAUUGGGAAGGACCUUACAUAAUCAGCCAGUCCGGGGGCAGAGGAAGCUAUACGCUUGACACCAUGGAAGGGAAGGAGAUUCCGCGACAAUGGAACGCCUACCACCUCCAAAGAUGCUAUCCAUGA